CAUUAAUGGUUUUGUCACUAACCACUCCAAUCUCCAUCCAUUCAUAAUUGCUUAUUAAACUAACUUCACAGAAAUUUCAUCAGGCAUCAAUGGCUAUUUUCCCUUAAAUGCUUGGGUUUUAAAGGCUUUUAGAAGAAAGGCAAAUGGGAUCUUCAGAACUCUUUCUGAUCUUACUUUUCUCUGUUUUUCUCAUAACUCUCAUUUCUGCUAAGGAUCUCUACUUCGAGGCUACUUGUGUUAACAAUGGCAACUUCACCGCCAACAGCAUUUACGGGACCAACCUCAACCUUCUGUUUUCUCAGCUAUCCACCACGGCGGAUUUCAAUUAUGGGUUCUACAAUCUGUCCGUCGGUCGGAGCCCUGACCAGGUCAACGCAAUCGGACUUUGCAGGGGAGACCAAAAAGAGGACGUUUGCAGAAGUUGCCUGAACGACAGCAUCUCCGAACUCAAGCAGCGAUGUCCCAAAUACAAAGAGGCAAUCGGAUGGUCAGAAUUCUGUACGUUACACUACUCAAGUCAACAACUCUUUGGAUCCAUGAAAUCCGAACCUGAACAGAUUUUCUAUAAUAAGUACAACGCGUCGGAUGUUGAUGGGUUCAAUCGAGCGUUGAGACCCUUGUUGACUAACUUGAGGAGCCGUGCGGCUGCUGGAGGACCUUUUCUCAAAUAUGCGGCCGAUAACACGACUGGUCCGACUUUCCUUUCGGUAAUUUACGCUCUCGAGCAGUGCACUCCCGAGCUAUCGCAGAAGGAUUGCAGCGAUUGUCUAACAACGGCAAUGGGAAAGAUGGAUCCUUACUGCACUCGGUCGAUCGGAUGCAGAAUUCUACAACCCAGCUGUAAUUUGAGAUAUGAGACCAGACCAUUUUUUGCAGUAGAAGGCAUUCCUCAGCCUCCGCCACCGCUGUCUUUACCUUCUCCACCAGAAGGAAAUGGAAAUGGAAAUAGGAGCAACAAAACUCGGAUAAUCAUCAUUGUCGUCGUCGCUUCGGUAGUCGGCAUUCUGUCACUUGUCCUCUGUAUUUGGAUCUGUUUAAAACUCAGAAAGCGAAGGGAAAUUAUCGAAAAAGGAGAUGAAAUGAUCAAGGCCGAGUCUUUGCAAUAUGACUUAGCCACUAUUCGGACCGCAACUAAUAACUUCUCUGAUGAAAAUAAACUUGGAGAAGGAGGAUUCGGAGCGGUUUACAAGAAACUGCAGAAGUGAUCAAGUUCAAGGACCUUCCAAAAAUUACAAAAAUACUUGGGAAUUUUUGUUUUACAAGUAAGACAGUUUAUCUCAUUAUAGUUACCCUUUUGCUCUUUAGCUUUUAUUUUUUCAUGUACUUUCUUUUGUUAGGUUAUAAUAAAAGACAUUUUACUUUUUUAUAAUAAUGUAAAACAAAUUAUUAUAGAAAAACAUGGUUGAUGGUGACAAUGGUUUGUCAGUUUAUUGUUGAUGAUAUUUAAACCUACAACAUUGACUCUUUUCUUAAAUUAUAGAAAUUGCAGAAGUGAUCAAGUUCAAGGACCUUCCAAAAAUUACAAAAAUACUUGGGAAUUUUUGUUUUACAAGUAAGACAGUUUAUCUCAUUGUAGUUACCCUUUUGCUUUUUAGCUUUUAAUUAUUUUUUCAUGUACUUUCUUUUGUUAGGUUAUAAUAAAAGACAUUUUACUUUUUUAUAAUAAUGUAAAACAAAUUAUUAUAGACAAACAUGGUUGAUGGUGACAAUGGUUUGUCUGUUUAUUGUUGAUGAUGUAGGAUAUAUUCCUUUCCAACUUUUAACCUCGACUCAGUGAUUUACUUCGAAAUCUUCAAAGAAGAAUG